AUGGGUUUAGUAAGAUCAUUAUGCUUAUUCUUCACCUUCCUUAGCUAUAUAGCCAUAUCGGUCCAUGGACAAGCCACCGCAAGGCCUAGUCCUGGUUCUGGCACGAGGGUUGGGUUUUACUCGACCACAUGUCCUACCGCGGAAACCAUUGUCCGAAACGCCGUGGCAGCUGGCUUCAACUCUAACCCGAGAAUCGCACCCGGGAUACUAAGAAUGCAUUUCCACGACUGCUUCGUCCUAGGAUGUGACGGUUCGAUCCUUAUCUCGGGAGCUGGCACAGAGCAAACAGCCCGUACGAACCUCAACCUCCGUGGCUUUGAUGUCAUAGAUAACGCCAAAACACAGCUCGAAGCUGCAUGCCCUGGAGUCGUUUCUUGUGCUGAUAUUUUAGCUUUAGCCGCUCGUGACUCCGUCGUCCUCACAAGAGGAAUUAGUUGGCAAGUACCAACGGGACGUAGAGAUGGUCGAGUUUCUGUGGCUUCGAACGCUAACAAUCUCCCUGGUGCCAAUGACACCGUCGCCCAGCAACAAGAUAAGUUCUCCGCUGUGCAACUCAAUACACGCGAACUCGUCGUCCUUGUCGGAGGACACACGAUCGGACAAGCAGGUUGCGGUGCAUUGAGUAAUAGGUUGAACAGCACCGCAGGCCCAGCGGAUCCAACCGUUGACCCGACAUUUUUGGCGCAACUUCAGACACAAUGUCCUCAAACCGCCGCUACAUCAGUACGUGUUGAUCUCGACACUGGAAGUGGAACCACUUUCGACACCUCAUACUACAACAACCUAAGCCGUGGCCGUGGAGUCCUCCAAUCCGACCACGUCCUCUGGACAAAUCCAGCAACUAGAACUAUUGUGCAACAGUUGAUGAGUCCAAGAAGCACCUUCAACGCUGAGUUUGCUAGGGCUAUGGUCAAGAUGAGUAAUAUUGGUGUGCUUACAGGGACUAAUGGUGAAAUUCGUAGGGUUUGCUCCGCGAUUAAUUAAUUAACCGAUAGCUAUGAUAAAAGUUCAUAGCUGGAUAAGUACUUGUUUCGAGUCAUGUGGCUUUAGUUUCGAUAAUAAAAUAUAUCAAUAGAAAACGACAUAAGAAACCUCUAAAGUGGUUUGAUGAAAAGGUAAUAAGGUAUUAUAAAGUGUCCGCAUUCGAUUUCUUUUGGUUUUACUUAGUUGAAUUAUUAAAAUGUCAUUUUCUUCACAAAGAUAAUAGAAUGAGUUUGAUUCUUUUUUGUCUUCUUAUAUUUUAUAAUGUUAACAAUGGACUUCGG